CUUGCAGUAGCCAUGGCUGCAGCGGUAGCCUACUUUGAUGCACAACUGUAAACCCGUUAGAAACAGGACCGCCGGUGAAACUGGCAUGUGGCUCGUACUGUUGUUGGGAUACAAAUGAGCGCAUCAAUUGGAUCGAGCUGUUGUGUUUACACACGGCUGUUUGGACUCAUCUGGGCACAUUGUGCGUGUCUGCGGUUGACUGUAAGAAGGUGGUCAGUUGGCAUCUGAGGGGCACCGACGCAGAUGUCCGACCUGAUAGGAUCCUUCCGAAAUCUUUUCCCGAUCAAAGUUGACUUUAUUCGUCUUUAGGCAUGCUCGACGAAACCAAGCUCCAAAGAGAAUCCGGUGGAUUUAUUUGUCAAGAUGAGUGUCUUGUUGCACUUCCGAAGUUGCACCAGAGACUACGGAGGGAUCAUGUCGGCUCUGGGGUCGGAUUCCUGGUGGAAGAAGACCCUCUACAUCACCGGGGGGGCUCUGCUGGCUGCUGCAGCCUACCUACUCCAUGAACUGCUCGCCAUCAGGAAGGAGCAGGAGUUGGACUCUAAAGAUGCCAUCAUCCUCCAUCAGUUCUCCAGGCCAAAGAAUGGCGUGCCCAGCCUCUCACCCUUCUGCCUCAAAAUAGAGACUUACCUGCGCAUGCUGGAUCUGCCCUACCAGAACUACUUUGAUGGGAAGCUGUCGCCACAGGGCAAGAUGCCCUGGAUCGAGUACAACCACGAGCAGGUUUCAGGGUCCGAGUUCAUUGUGGACUUCUUGGAGGAGAAGUUGGGUGUCAACCUCAACAAGAACCUCACGCCCCAGGAGAUAGCCGUGUCCCGGGCCGUAACCAAAAUGGUGGAGGAACACCUCUACUGGACGAUAGCUUACUGCCAGUGGGUGGACAACUUGGAGGAGACCCAGAAGCUGCUGGCGAUGAGCGGCCCGCUGAGCGACACGCUGAAGUGGCUGCUGAGCCACCUGAACGGCAGCAUGGUGCGCAGGGAGAUGUACGGCCACGGCAUCGGACGCUUCUCCAAGGAGGAGGUCUACGCCCUGAUGGAGAAGGACAUGAGGACGCUGGCCACCCUGCUGGGAGAUAAGAAGUACUUCAUGGGCAGUAAGAUAUCAACAGUAGAUGCCACAGUGUUUGGGCAUCUGGCCCAGGCUAUGUGGACUUUGCCUGGCACGCGACCAGAGCAACUCAUCAAAGGUGAGCUGAUCAACCUGGCCAUGUUCUGUGAGCGGAUGCGGCGGAGGUUCUGGCCCGAGUGGUUUGUGGAGGUGGAGGAUAUGUAUUAUGACGGAGACAGCGAGAGCAGCAGCGGUGGCUCGCCUACAGGCCUGCUGGACUUUGGCCUGUUCUCCAGGACUGACACUCUGGACGACAGUGACACCAGCAGCCACUCGGCCGCGCACACACACUCCCCCGACUCGGACCACUCGCUGUUUGACUCAGACGUAGGCACAGGCUCCGAUAACGACAUUCAGCUUAAGGAGGACUCAAUUCCAGACAUGGACGUUUGAACUGAGAACAUCUGUGACCAGAAUUGGCCAACAGAUUUAGGAAGCUGAACUGGUCAGCUCUGCAGGCUGCUAUCUGGUUUUGCUGAACAAAUAUGGAUGAGACACACAGGCUGUCUCGCCGGUCCACACAGCAGCUCUCACAGAUGAAGAAACUGUUCCAGCUUCUCCAUCCCAUGACAGAACUCACUAUCAUAAUGAUGUACAUGAUGUCUGAUGGAUGAACUUGGUAUUUAUAUGCAGAGCAUAUGAACUGAACCUCACAAUACACAUACUGUAUGGUUUGUGCCCUCCCUUACUGUCAGAACUGUCGCUGUGGCAGUUUCUCUUUGCCUUAUUUGUCUUGUCCUAAAAUAUGGAAGCUGGUUUGAAAUGUAAAGGGAAAGUGCACAUCUUACAAAGGUAAAGGUAUGGAGAAGACAGACAUUAAAGCACUGGGGAUAAAGAUAGGUAGCGCUUCACUUGCUAUGAAAUGAUGCAACUAUAUACAACUCUACCUUGUGUCUUAACGCACAAACUCAUUCAAAUGGGUGAAAUUUAUUCAUUUGGCUAAACAGAACAGCUGCUAAGUCUCAGCUGCAAAUCAUCCCUAUACUGAGCAGUAAACUUAGUUGACAUUGAGGGGCAGCCAGUGCUCUGGAUUGAAUGUUAUAUGAUUUCCAUUAUGCUAUGUGGGGAAACCUAUAACACCUCCUCUGGUGACCUCAUCACUCCAUGUAAUUAUCUAAAGUUUUCUGAAAGGAAUUAAUCUCAAAAAGUGAUGCAUGGGUAUCUCCACCAAACCACAGCCCCAGUCAAAAUGAGAUUCACCUGUACGCCUAUAGAAGGGAAGUGCAAAAGAGUUUCAAUUUCCAGGAGUGAGUUAUUGCUUGCAUUUCGCCCUGCUGAGUAAUUAUUUUCUGGCAAGGCAGCACUGGUGAAUUUGCUGGGGUUUUUGGUUGUUAAUUUCAACAUCUAUUCAAUGGAGGCGAAGAGGUGCAGUUAUUGUAUUUCACCACUAGAGGGUAGUAGCAGCCAGGCUGGUUUCUCCUCUAUCCUGUAACAUCAAGGUCAUUUUCCUCUGAGGCCCCUCCGCAUGUCUGUCACUCUUGGAGUGUGUGUGGAUCGAUUUCUGCGACCAAUUAUUUCCCCCUGAGUCUUAAACUUCAAUGUUGUGGUUCUAUUCAGUGAUUAUCUGCUUUGUGCAUCAUUACGUACAAAACAAAAAAAAAAUGUGUUCAGUAUGUAUGUGUGUGUGCAUGUUUUUGUAUGUGUGCAUGCACAUGCAUACAUACAUAUGCUGCAUGUUUUGCGUAAAGACCGAGAGCGAGACAGUGAUCGAGCACAGCUAGAAACAAGCCUUAGUGCUCAGGGUGAAUGUGAAUGCAUUUGUUUGCUUUUACUCUAUCUGAGUCUUAGUUCUGAUAUAAUUUAAAGUCAGUGCCACUUUAUUCUCUUUUCUAGACAAAAUUAUCUGUCAAAGGUAUUUUUGUGUUAAUCUUUGUUUUCUUAUUGCUCUCAAAGAGAGACGUUAUUUUGCACUAGUGUAAAUUUACUUUCACCUUGUUUCAUGGUAUCAGUCUGCUACCAAGCUACUGAAAAGACCAAAUGAAUGGAAAUAUAAAAAUGUUAUCAGUAACGCAGGACGCUUACAGUAACAGUUGUGCACUGGGGUGUGGUGGAGUGGGGGUACUAUAUUAUUUAUUUUGUUUGUGUGUAUGUGAAGGUUACCGGGUGUGAGUGUUUAUCUCUGCCUGACAUCAAGAUCAUGUGAUGAAGAAGUAAACAAGUCUUAACAAAGACACCGAGACUGAAUGCCACACAAAAUGGAAUUGUGAAUGCGGCUGGUAUAAAACCCUCAAACUGGGGACAAAAUGGACCAAAACAUUAGAGCAAGUUUGUCUUUAUAUUUAGGUUCGGUGGUAGUGCUUGCAGUAGCAAUAAAAUGGUUGUAAAAAGAUGCAUUUAGA